AUGAAUAGUUAUUAUAAUAACAAUAGUAAUUUAAAUAAAAUGAUAAAUAAUAAUAUAAUAACAAAUGGAAAUAACGGUUAUGAAAAUUUGAAAUUAAAUUUCAGUCCAUCUUCAUCCUCAUCCUCAUCACCAUCUUCAUCACCAAUACUACCAAAUUUUAAAAAUAGUAAUCUCUUAUCUUUAUCAAAAGAAUCACCUAUACUAUUAAUAAUUCAUUCAGCACAAUCACCAUUAUCUAACUCAGCUACACCAAAUUCUAAUUUAUCUCCAUGCUUACAAAGUUCGCUCCAAACUAACCAAAUUGGUUUUCAACAGCUACAACUCUUAAAUGAUGAUCAAAAAAUAAUAAACAAUUCGCCACAAAAAAAUAAUACUAUUUCUUUUUCAUCACCAAUAUCAAAUGACCUAUCACAAUUGGUACCUUCAUUAAACAACUCUUCAAAUAAUUUAAAUCAAUAUUUUCAAAAUUCAAAUAUCCCCAUACCAAAAAAGAACCCAUCUGAAUUAAUAACUAGUAGAAGUCUUUUAUGUAAAACUCCAGAUUGUAUUGUAUGUGAGAAUGGCCCACCUCCAUCAUUAGAUAGAGGUCAAGUUCCAAUUUGGGCACAAAUUUUACAUGUAGCAUUAUUCGCAUUAACAGAAUCAUCAAAAAUUUCACAAGCCAAAUUACAAAGUAAUGGCGAUAAAACCAAUUUCCCAAACGGUAAACGUUAUUUCCAUUUAAGAGAUGAUAUUUACGAAUUUAUAAAUGUACACUGGGAUAUAAUUUGCAAAAGAGAAAGAAUUCAAAAUUGGAAACAUACAAUUGGUAUGACUUUAAGCCACUAUCAAAACUUAUUUCAAAAUGGUUAUCCAAUAUUUCAAAAUACUGGUUAUUGGUGUUUAAAAGAUGAUGCUCCCAAUCCAUAUACUACAGACUUUAUGGAUAGCUCAAGAAAAAGAAAAUAUUCAAAAAAAAAUCAACAACAACAACAACAACAACAACAAAAUAUAUCAAAUACAAACAAUUCUAAUAAUAAAAAUAGUGUAAUAACUUCUAGUAAUAUAAACAACACCACCUAUAAUACUAAUGGCUACAAUACUAUCAAUAAUACCAAUAAUACCAACAAUAAUAGUAUUCAUUUAAAUGCCAAUAAUAACAUUUUAAAUAACACAAUGAAUAUAAACAAUAAUGUAAAUAAUAGUAGUUUUUCAAAAAUUAAUUCAACAUGUAACAAUAGUGUAUUUAAUAAUUCAAAAAAAUCAAUUUCUCAGUUUGGAAAAGGAUCAGCAAGCAUCUUAAAUGAAUAUGACGACGAUGACAAUAGCUACAACUGGCCAAAUAAAAGAAUUAAUUCAUCAAACACAACUUUUUCACCAAUAUGUAAUAAAAAUGUAAAUAAUAUAAAUAAUGAAAUUAAUAACAAUAAUAAUAAUAAAAUCAGUAUUAAUGGAUUAUUAACUACUGAUAGUGACCUAUAUAAUAUCUAUAGUGAAAAAUAUAAUACAAUUUCAAAAGAUUUAUUUGAAUGUAAAAAAGAAUUAAAAGAACUUCAAGGUGAAAUUUCUAUUAUCCAAAAUGGAAAAUUUAAAAAUUAA